CGCUAGUACUGGAGUGUGAUUAUUGUCUUUUGGGAUCCCAGAACGGCAGAAGCCUCCUCUCCUCUUCCUCCUCCAGCGCUGGCUUUUUCCUCCACUUUUCCAGCACAGGCAUCACAGCUAAGAGGUUUGGGGACUAAAGAAAGAGAUGUAAGACCUCAGCCACCCACCAAAACCUGAGAUUUUGACUGGCCCACUUGCUAUUGCGAAAUCUGGGUGUAAGUUCCACCCAGAUUCUGGUGCAAGAGGGUUUCCCUUGGGUAGGCAGGGCAGAGCCUGGGCAGGGAGCCCCCGAAGUCUGCAGGAGCCCCCCCCCAAGAAAAAAUAGAUUGCCCAGUUGAAAUCCAAAGGCGGGUGCUCAGGACCUUAGAGGAAAGCAGAAUAUCCCAGGCAGGAGCCUGGGAGGGUGUCCAGGAAUCCAAAGAAGGGCAAGCCCAGGACCUAGGCAGGAUUCUACAGGUGGGUGACCACCGUUCUAGAGAGAAGAGCAUAGAAGCUGCCCAAGGCAGCCCCUUGGCUGGAAAUGUCUGUAGAUUUGGAGAAGGAGUCUUGAGAUUCAAUAGGAUCCCCCAGGUGGCUGGUCAGAUCUCCUGUGAAGCACCCAGAGGAGGUGCUCAGAAGGCCAGGUAACCCUGCAAAGAGGAGUGUGACACCCCCCCCCAAAAACCCCCCACCCAACAACUGUGUACCCAAGACCCUGGGAAGGGGUGCCCAGAUACCCAGGUCGUGGUCCACAGAAUAGCAGGAGAUUUGUGUAGACCACUGCUUGCGCAGCAGCUCACAGUCACGCCCUAGAACUGUGCCACACUUGUGGCUGCCCGACAGAUGCCUGGCUGGAGCUGGUGACAAUGAUCCCAGAAGAGGAGAGCCCCCCAGGAGUGGAAGCUGAUGGGGAUGGAGAAGGCGGCUUCCCUCUCCUGCUGGAACCGUCCGAGAGUGGCAGCGUGCGGAAGGGCUGCGACCCCUUGGCACAGACCCAGCGUAGCAAGCUGCAGCACCGCCGGGCACGGAUUAACCAGCAGAUCAACAAGGAGAUGAGGAUGAGAGCUGGUGCAGAAAACCUCUUCAGGGCCACCAGUAACCACAAAGUAAAGGAAACCGUUGCCUUAGAACUCAGUUACGUCAACUCUAACCUGCAGUUACUGAAGGAGGAAUUGGAAGAGCUGAACAGCUGCAUGGAUGUGUACCAAAAUGACAGUGACUCCAUUAGUGUGCCCAUGAUCCCGCUGGGGCUUAAGGAAACCAAGGAGCUGGACUGGGCAACACCUUUAAAGGAGAUGAUCUGGGACCACUAUGGGGAGGACGGUGCCUUGUACGAGACAGAGAUCAGAGAGCUGGUAGAGCUGCGGCAGGCUAUGCGGACUCCCAGUCGGAAUGAGGCAGGCCUGGAGCUCCUAAUGGAGUACUACAGCCAGCUUUACUUCCUCGACAACCGCUUCUUCCCUUCAAACAAAAACCUCGUCAUUUUCUUCCACUGGUAUGACUCACUCACAGGAGUCCCUUCCCACCAGCGGGCUCUGGCUUUCGAAAAGGGGAGUGUUCUCUUCAAUAUCGGAGCUCUGCACACUCAGAUUGGAGCGCGCCAGGAUCGUACCACUUUGCAAGGCGUGGACUGUGCCAUCGAGGCUUUCCAGAAGGCGUCUGGAGCCUUUAACUACCUGAAGGAGAACUUCUCCAACGCCCCCAGCCUGGACAUGAGCGCCCCGUCUUUGAACAUGCUGGUUCGGCUGAUGAUUGCCCAGGUGCAGGAGUGCGUCUUCGAGAAGGUGGUCCUCCUGCGCGCCCAGAGCGACUUCCUCACCUGCCUGCAGCUUGCGCAGGAAGCAGCCAGGGUGGAGGAGGUUUACGCUUUGGUGUACCAGACCAUGACCCAGCCCCAUGUCAAGGACUACGUCCCAUUCUCAUGGACCACCAUGGUGCACGUCAAAUCUGAGCACUUCAAGGCGCUCUCACACUACUAUGCCGCCAUUGCCCUGUGCGACUGCCCACCUGCAUCUGAUGCGGAUCUCCCAGACCACGAAAAGGCCUUUCGCCAGUUCCACAUCACUGUGCCGGAGGGACCAGCUCAGCGCCUGCUCUUGCAAGACCAGGAGGAGAGAAGGAAACUGGGAAAGGGCCACCUCAAGAAGGCCAUCAUGAGGCAUGAGGAGGCCAUGAGGAUCCACAGCCUGUGCAAGAUCUUGAGGAAGAUGGACAUUCUCCAGGAGGUCCUCUGCUUUGCCCACAAGCGCUCGCUCAACAAGUACUCGGAGAUCGAUCAUGAGGAAGACUUCUUUGAAACUGCAGACGCCCCCGACAUCCAUCCCAAAACGCACCAGAGGGCAGAAAUCAAAUCUCCCAACUUCUCCAAGGUGAAGGUCAUGGACAUCUUCCAUAGGCUGGGCCCACUGUCGGUUUUCUCUGCCAAGAACAAAUGGCACCCCCCACGGACGGUUCACCUGGUCCGAGGAGAGAACGGCUUUGGGUUCACCCUCCGAGGGGAUUCCCCGGUCCUCAUUGCCGGAGUCAUCGCUGGUGGUUGCGCUGCCGAGGCGGGGCUGAAGGAGGGCGACUACAUCGUCUCUGUCGGCGGCAAAGACUGCAGAUGGUCCAAGCAUGCCGAGGUGGUGCAGAUGCUGAAGGUCGUGGGCGACGAGGGGGCCGAGGUUGGCGUCAUCACACUGCAGUAUUCAGACGGGCAAAGCACGGUGGACAAGAAGUCCUCGGCGAUGUCUUCUUCGGGGGCCGGCGGCCUGCUGAAGAGCAACAAGGAGAACAGCCGGAAGAGCCGGAUGCAGAGUAAAGGCGCCAGCACCCUCCUGGCCUGGGGCAAGCGCAGCAAGCGCAGCAAGGCCGGCAGCACCUCCAGCCUCCCCUUCUCUGCCGUGGGGGACAACGAUCUGGCCUGUUGAGGGCUCUCCCCCCACCCACCCCCAGCCCAGAUUCCUGCACAGCCGACACCCCCCCCCACCCACCCCUGGGCCAGAGCCAUAGGUGGGCAUCCUCCUGGCAAGGACUCAACGGGAGCGUUUCUGCCGUCAGCCAUUUCCGUGGGCAGCCUGAAGAAGCCGCCAGUGGAGUCUCGGCUUCUGCUCUCGGACGCUCGCUGGAGCUGGCUUCUGAAAAACGGCUGGGCUGGGGAGGAGAACUUGAGGCCGGGCCGGCCAAAUAUGGCCGCUGAAUGCGGCCUCCACGACCCAAGGCGGUCCAUCUCUGAAUGCCAGAUGCUGGGGGACGGGCAGCCAGAGGAAAACGCUGCUUUCAUGCCCGCAUAUGGGCGUCCUGGUUGGCCCUGCUAGAAAGUCCUGCUAGAGUGCUGGACGCGCUGGGAUCUCUGGUCUGGUCCAACAAAGCAGCGCUCGCGUUCCGGGGUCUCUUACGCCGCCUCAAGCCCUGCUGACACCCGCCAGCCAGGACACCCAUCUAAAUGCUCCAGUCUUCACUUACCGAUGCCAUGGGCUGUACGAACAGGAGCAUCUGCUCUGGCGCUUGGGAGAAAAGGGUUCAGCUGCAUCCGGCCCCAUCCCGGCCGUUCCUGGAGCUCCACGUUCACUGCUGGGCCGUCUCGUUUGGGGAGACGGUGGACAGUCUGGAGAGGGCUUCAGCUCGGACCUCGGUGGACAAUGAAAUUAGGUGACCGGCCCCUGGGGAAACGGCUGGCCGGACUCCGUGUGUUCCGUCGAGCGGAGAGAAGCCGCAGACAGGUGGGCAGUUAGUUCUCAGACCUCUUGUGAGGUGCUGGGAAGGCGGAACAGGGACCAGUGCUCCACAGAGAGCGGGCGCCCUGUCAAUACUGUGAGCCGAGGAGCCCCCGUUGCAGACCUCUGCUGUUCAUUCACUAGGUGGCCUUAGGAAAGCCUAUUCCGAUUGCGGGGAAGGGGGCGGCGCAGGCAAAAGGCCCCCUAAAAUUGCCCCCAGCUCACCAUUUUUUUCGCCACCACCACCAGCACCUAUUUUACAGUGCUAUUCCUCCUCCAUGUCGAGGUUCCUAACAUUGGGUCCCAAGCUGCUACUGGGCUACAACUCCCAUCACCCCCAGCCACAAUGGCCAAAGGCUUGCUAUACUAGAAAACUAGUCUAGCGAGGAGAAGGCUGGUGAGAUGCUACAUUUUUACCUGCGGGAAGUUGAAUGGUGGAAGUAUUCAGAAAUGGCAUCCCCACCACCACUCACCCCUACAAGUGCACUUAACUGCUCCACAUAUGUGGUCUGGGGUGAUUUAAUGGGCAAAGGAGACCCUGCAGGGCUGCUCCUUCCCCUCCUGGGGUCUUUAACGUGUCUGUGCUUUGGAGCGGCCCUGCAGGAGUAGAAGCCGCCUCCAUUGGAGGUUGCCCAUUCAUGGGAUUUUGCCCAUUUUCUGUUCAGUGUCUUGGUUUUGUUUGUCAUUGGGGGGGCCUCUGAACCCACGAGGAUUAAUUUAUUUUGAGGCAACCUGCAGAGGGCCAUGUCGUGUGGUAGUGUAGCAUUGGACUGGUGUCGCUUUGUUUCCUUUGAAAGUCACCAUGGAUAUGCUAAUCUGUGUUCUUUCUGCUGCCAUUUUAAAUAGAACUGUUUGUUUGGAGGUGGGGAGGUCCCUCGGUGUUCGAUCUACUUGGAAACCCCGAGGAGUGUGUAGGAGCAAAUUCGGUUUUCCUGUCUAUUUGGACCGGGACUCCACCUAUAGCCUGCUCUCCGCAUCCAAUCUCAGCCUUGGAAAAUGUGAUAUAGCAAUAAAAAAAAGAGUGCCUCAGA